AUGGGCUACGACUAUGCGCUUGUGCACGUCAAGUACACAAUCCCUCCUGCAAUCGCCUUGACUCUACUUUACCGACCUCUCCUGACCCGCCUCGAUGUCUACAAGAUCCUCUUCCUUGUCACCCUCUUCGAUAUUCCAUUGGAGGAGGUCUUCUUCUUCAUCAUCCAGACCUACAAUACUUCGCUCCUGUACCUGCUUUGCAGCAAGCCCACCUUCCACCCUAUCUAUCUGCGCCGCCAGGAAAAGAAUGAUCGCUGGAAAUACAUGAAGUUGGCCGGUCAGCUUGUCCUUGGUCUGCUCCUCAAAAAAGCCGUAAACCUGAUUAGGGACGAAGGCCCCGGAACCUACAUGGGCCUGAUUCUUGCGUGGGCCGUCCCCUUUCUGCUUUUGCUGUGGUCGCUGGCAUAUCAGUUCAUUCUUGGUCUGCCCGUGACCAACACCCUUCUGCCAAUCGCUCUUCCAACCCUGUACCUCUGGAUUGUCGACACAAUCGCUCUUCAAAGAGGCACUUGGGUCAUCGAAUCUGGUACUAAGCUUGGAAAACACCUAUGGCCUCAUCUGGAAAUAGAGGAGGCCGUCUUCUUCCUUCUUACGAACACGCUCAUCGUCUUUGGUCUUGUGGCCUUUGACAACGCUAUCGCCAUUCUCAACGCUUUCCCUUCGCAUUUCCCUUCCGUGCCCGCCCUUCCUUCGCCUGUACUCCUGGUUCAGGCUCUAUUGCUCCCGGCUGCGGCAUACGACGAAGACCGUGUUGAGGGCUUGUCCGAAGCUGUCAAGCGCCUUCAUCAGAAAAGUCGGAGUUUCUAUCUGGCUAGUGCAGCAUUUUCUAGCCGCCUGAGAGUGGACUUGAUCGUGUUAUACUCCUUCUGUCGCGUGGCUGAUGAUCUGGUUGACAAUGCCGCCUCGCCCCUCGAAGCGCGCAAAUGGAUCAAACGUCUGCGUACCUUCCUGGAUCUAUCCUACAAAGCCAAAGAUCCGAUGGCGCACGACCAAAACAUCGGAAGUAUUGUUCGUCAUGUUGUCACAGAGUUNCCCCGGAGCACUCAUACCGCAUUGCUACAAUUGCCCACUUCGCGGCUCUCUUCUAAACAUCUUUACGACCUUCUCAAAGGAUUCGAGAUGGAUCUAGGAUUCCAGACAAGUAAAGGAGCUCAACCUUCUGCAUUCCCUAUAAAAUCGGAAUAUGAUCUGGACAUUUACUCGUCGAGGGUUGCUGGUACAGUGGCUGCCAUGUGCAUUGAGCUCGUUUUCUUCCACUAUCCUGGAGANGUGUCCCCUGCUCUACAAGAGCAGAUCUUGGAUUCGGGAAACACCAUGGGGAUCGCGCUUCAAUACACCAAUAUUGCUCGUGACAUCAGCACGGAUGCUCUGUUGCAGCGCGUCUACCUGCCGACAAGCUGGCUAAAGGAGGAGAACCUGACACCCGAACAAGCGAUUCAAGUCUUCACGAUCAUGGAUGCCAAACCCACCCUGGGUGCUGAGGACCAAUUGUUCGUGUCGAAGCUUGAACGACUGCGAAACCGUUUGUUGGAUCGAUCAUUCGCAUUGUACGAGGACUCGCGUGGGGCGAUUGACAAGCUACCGUCAGAAGUACGCGGACCCAUGCGUGUUGCUACGGAGAGCUACAUGGAGAUUGGACGGACAUUGAAGCAGCCAGGCUACAGGGUCAGGAAAGGAAGGGCAACAGUAGACGGUUGGCGAAGACUGGCAGUGGCUUGGAAAGCGCUGCAGCAGUAA